CUCAUUUCAAAACAGGAAAACUAAAGACAUUAUGGAUGCAACUGAUGAACCUUACGAUUUCUUGACAUGGCAUAGCAAUGCGCCUGCAGUAAAAGACGAAAAGAAAGAGAAGAAAAAACUUAAAAAAUCGGCAAAGGAAGCUGAAGCAAAAGCAGCCAAGGUAGCCAAAAAAGACAGUGCAUCAAAAAAGGAAAACAAAAAGCGUAAGAGGAGUUCGGAUUCGAGUUCGGAUGAUGAUAGUGACAAGGAAGAUGACCACGAUGACAAAAACAAAAAUAAAAAGAGCAAAUCAAAGGCUGUAACAAACUCUUCAUCACAAUCGGAAUCAGAAUCAGAAUCAGCCUCAGAUUCAUCCUCUUCAGAAGAUUCAGAUGAUCCAGAUACUCAACCACCGCCAAAGUCCAAGAGGAAAAAAGUACGGAAAAAAGAUAAGAAAGCUCAAGCGAAUAAUAGUGAAGAAGAAGACGGUGAUGAAGCAGAAGCACCCGAAAAUGCUGAUAAUGAUGGCGAGGAUAACAAGAAGAAGAAAAAGAAGGACAAGAAGGAUAAAAGCAAAAAGAAGGAAGGGCCUGGUCGUAAAGGAGAGUUUGGUAUCUGGAUCGGAAAUCUUUCUUUCUUGACCACAGAGAAAGCAUUACGACACUUUUUCCGUAAUGUCGGGGCUGAAAUCACUCGUGUCAACAUGCCUUCAGGAUCUGGAUUUAAUAAGAAGGGUAACAAAGGUUUUGCCUACGUGGACUUUGAGACUGCUGAGGCUCAGGAGAACGCGAUCAAGUUGUCAGAAUCCGAGCUCGAGGGGCGAAAAGUAUUGAUUAAGUCUAGUAAAUCCUUUGAAGGACGCCCGGCUGUUUCCAAAGGUGAGCUCCAAGGGAAGGCCUUGAAGCAGAAGCAUGCAGUCUCGCCCACACUCUUUAUCGGCAAUCUUUCUUUCCAAACUACAAAAGAGAGUCUUCAGAAAUUGUUUGAAGAUUGUGGCGAGAUUCGUAAGGUGCGCUUGGCUACCUUUGAGGACUCUGGUAAAUGCAAAGGAUUUGCUUAUAUUGAUUAUAUGGCUCCGGAAUCAGCUUCAGCGGCAUUGACUGACCCGGCGAAGCGCUUUUUAGACGGCCGCAAAUUAAACAUUGAAUAUGCUUCAGCGGAGGCCACCUUGAGAGGUAACCCUCGAGAGUACAGGAAACAUAAGCGAGAUGAGGAGAAGGCAGCAGCGAUUGCUCGUGGCGAGAUUCCAGCAGAUGAUGUUGAUGGAGGAGAGAACAGUGCAGGUAAAGACGCAACGGAUGAAGCAGCAGAAGAAGAGAGGCGAAGAUUCAAUGCGGAGCAAAAAGCUAAGCGUCAAAGACGUCAGCCUGGUGAUGGAUCAAAGCCGAAGAAACUGCAGGGUCAUCAACGCCCUGGUUUUGCACUUGCUAAUGCCCAAAGAGCAUCCCAAGGCAUCACCGAGUUCAAGGGCAACAAGAUCACAUUUAGUUAAAGAGGAUAGGGCGAGAGUUAGAUUAAUGUAG